UUUGCGGCGAACCACAAGUUCAGUCAUCGGCACGGUGCCCAAAUAUACAAUAAAGCGCGUCGCCAGCCGCCGCCUCCGAACAACUUGCCGCAGACGCCCUCCCGCUUCUGUCGCCUCGAGCACUUUGCACACUGCCCAGGACGUAUCCAAGCCUCUGUUUACACGAUCCCACCCGCGAGCCUCCACGCCCGCGGCCGUCACAGCAGCUGUGGUUCCCGGAUUACUGGGUGCUAGCGGAACUUCCUAAUCGGGCAUGGCUGCUAUAACGCCGCCUCGCGCGACCGAGCUACUACAUCAUCAGCAGCGCCGACGCUCAUCUGCCUCCAGCACUCCCGCAAACCCCGCCCGCCGCUCCAGCCAGCCCCUCACCGACGCGCGAAACGUUCUCAUGAGCGGCCUCAACCCGACCAAGGACCACGCGCAGCCCACGAACCCGUCGACGAGCAACGCUGAGCCUGCCCCGCGGUCUGCGCCCGCACCUACCAUCCCGUCUGCAGGUCCCCCGAAGAGCGUGCAGGCCAUCCGAGAUUCAGCCGCCCACCGUGGAGAGCUCAAGCCUCCACCCACGUCCGCCGGCGGCACCUUCCACCACACCCAUGCGACCGUGAAGGAUGGCGUGGGCGUCGCGCUGAGCGACACCCCGGCGCCGUCGCAGCCACCAAGCCCCAAGGGGGCCUUGACGAGGAACAGCAGCGCUGCCUCGACGCCCCGCAUUCGCCCCACCACUCUCGACAUCCCCGGCCUCACCAAGUCGAAGGUCUCGCCUGACGGCAAGAUUGCGUCGCGCGAUGUCGGCUCCAAGCUCGUCAUAGUCAUGGUGGGUCUGCCUGCACGUGGCAAGUCCUACAUCACCAAGAAGAUGACCAGAUACCUCAACUGGUUGCAGCACGAUACAAAGAUUUUCAAUGUGGGAGAGAAACGCCGUGUGGCCACCAGCGGGCAUGGCUUUCGCCUGUCGCAGCAAAGCUUAGAGAGGGUUCCUUCCGGGGUUAGGCACGCGCUAGAACAACACAAGGACACCCUUCCUCAGAUUGCAGCCAAGAUCCUGAUCAACGGCAAGUCGGCAGCUGCAGACAAUGGAGGAAUGGCCCCAUUGGACCUCCAAGAUCCACGCCGCGACCCGACCAACUCCACCGCCGUCGAGGAGGCCGAUGUACCCCAUGUAGAAGUCACAGCACCUGGCAAGAAGGCGGCAACACCGGAGCAGCCGGAUUUGAACGGAGGCGGACAGGAGGAAAAGGACGAGGGCAUGGACCAGUCAGCAGACUUCUUCGAUCCCAACAAUCAGAAGGGCGCUCAAAUCCGAGAGCAGUGCGCUAUGGAAACCUUGGACGACCUUCUCGAUUACAUCCUGAAUGGCAAUGGCUCAGUCGGCAUCUUCGACGCGACUAACAGCACCCUUGGACGGAGGAAGCAGAUUAUGGAGAAAAUCCGCGCAAGGGCUGGCCCAGAGCUGAACGUUCUGUUCGUCGAGAGCGUCUGCCAGGACAAGAGCCUGUUGGAGUCAAACAUGCGUUUGAAGCUAUCUGGACCAGAUUAUCAGGACAAAGACCCCUACGCUGCGCUCGAAGAUUUUAAGAAACGUGUCGCCAUCUAUGAGAAAAACUACGUUCCUAUCGGGGACUACGAGGAAGAAAACAACAUGCCAUAUGUCAAAAUGGUUGAUGUUGGCCGCAAAAUGAUCUCGCACCAGAUCAAAGGCUUCCUCGCUGGCCAAGCAGUCUACUAUCUCCUCAACUUCAAUCUCGCGCCCCGCAUGAUCUGGAUAACGCGCCACGGCGAGUCCCUCGACAAUCUCGCUGGCAAGAUUGGCGGCGAUUCAGAUCUCUCUGAGAAUGGGCGCAAAUACUCCAAAGCCAUGACUCGCUUCAUUGACAAGCAGCGCGCAGAAUGGGCCAUCCGCCAAGCAGACAAAAUGGCAAAUACACACUUUCCUCCAGUGCCUGGGGACCAUACUCCGCCCAACCCCUACUUCAGCAGCGACUUCGAGCAAAACAACUUUUGCGUCUGGACGUCCAUGCUGAAAAGAAGUGUCCAGUCCGGCCAAUAUUUUUGCGACGAGGACUUUGAGGUGAAGCAAAUGCGUAUGCUCGACGAACUGAACGCGGGCCUCAUGGAGGGCCUCACAUACGACGAAAUCCGUACCAAGCACGCCGAGGAGUACCUGCGCCGGCGCCGCGACAAGCUUGCAUAUCGCUAUCCCGGUCCCGGCGGCGAAGGCUACCUCGACGUGAUCAACCGCAUUCGCCCCGUCAUCGUGGAAUUGGAGCGCAUGACAGACCACUGUUUGCUCAUCACACAUCGCUCCGUAGCAAGAGUUCUUUUGGCAUACUUCCAGGGUCUUAACCGGGAAGAUGUCGCUGACCUUGACUGCCCGCUGGGUAUGCUGUACCAGCUUGAGCCCAAGCCGUACGGCGUCGAGUUCAAGGCGUGGCGGUACAAGCCCGAGAAAGACGAUUUUGACUACUUGCCGCUGUACAAGUUGCGUCGGGCGACAACAAACCCGCAGCUCAACUAAGCGUAGUCAUUACUGGCAUGAAAUGGCUGUUUGGGAUUGGAUUUCAAUGGGUGUAUUACUAUGAUAUGGGGGUUACGUGUUCUGGUUGCGUUGACGGUGGCAUGUCUUCUUAGAGUCCUUAAUGCUCCUUUUCACGUCUGAAUGUUUGAUGAGAUCCUCAUGCAUUUCAAGGCGUAUC